AACAUUUACAUGGAGAUGUAUUGGUGUAUGUCAGGAUUAUUUCUCCUGACUCUGCUGUCAGACCACGUGGUUACUCAUGUGUCCGCGGAAAAUAUCGAGGGAGGGAACUCGACCUCCUCCUCCGCGAGGGGGGGAAAGCUUGUCUUCAAUGUUGUAAGAUUCCCAAACUCUGCCUGCUCAGGAACAAACAGUUUAAAUGGAACAUGCUAUACUGCAAGUGAAUGCUCAUCUAAGAGUGGUACAGCUGCUGGCUCCUGUGCAUCUGGGUUCGGAGUUUGCUGUACAUUCUCUAUUAGCUGUGGUACUUCAUCAUCAGAGAAUAACACUUAUGCAAUUAUUUCUACAUACUCUACUUCUACUGAUUCAGAUCCUUGUAUUUAUACGUUUUGCAGGAGGAAUGCAAACAUUUGCAAACUGAGAAUUGAUUUCGAGUCUUUUACCACCGCACCUCCUCAAGGGUAUGUAGCUGAAGCUACAGCUACAGCUACAGCUUUUUCAAAUUCAUUCAGGCUUGGUCAAUGUGUGAAUGAUGUUGUGAAAAUUACAAACCCAGGUGGUCCCUCCCCGCCUACGAUCUGCGGUGUCAACACAGGUCAGCAUAUGUGGGUUCCUGCCUCCUCAGCCUGUAAUCAGAUCAAUAUUGAUGUUGAUACAGGGAAAACUACUCCCAGAAGCUGGACAAUAUCGGUUAAGCAGUUUGAAUGUGGAAGCACAUCUAUGCCUCAGGAUGACUGCCUUCAGUACCACACUGGUACAUCAGGACAAUUCUACUCAUUUGCUUGGGAUAAAUCAGUCACUACACUUACCACAACUUCUCAUACUCAUUUAGCGCGUCAGUAUUAUGACAUUUGCUUCCGAAGAGAACGAGGAUAUUGUUCAUUAUGCUUUACACCUUAUAUAACCAGUGCUAUAGCUGCUACUUAUACUUCCUUCGGAGUGAGUACAUCUGGAGAUGCGGCAGCAUCACAGUCAGCAUUGUCUACUCUCUGUGGGAAGAGUGCAGCAGGAACAACAGAGGCCAAUCAGGAUUAUAUUGAGGUGGUGAACCUUCAAGCUACUAUUGGUACAACCAACACUGCUGGAGCAAACAAAAUCUGUGGGCAAAAGUUUGCAGGCGCCGACGGAGCCACUGUUCCAGCAACUGCAUGUACAUGGUCUUCUCCUUUCAGAUGGGGAGUCAGGUUUUCAGAUUCAGAAGGCCUUGCUAUCACUGCAACUGCUACUCCUGCAAAUAAUGAAUAUGAAAAUGAGGGAGUUGGAGGAAAUGGAUACAUGGGAUUCUAUAUGGACUGGUGGCAGAACACGUGCUAGAUAAGCUGAUACACUCACUUGUUGCAUAACGUGUGUUAGAUCAGCUAAUAUUCAACUGUUUUGCUUUAUAAAAUGUUUUUUGUUGUUUUUUUAUGUCUUGUUCUUUUUAUAUUCACUCAGUAGCCUAAAAUAAAUUGUAUCAAUUGUUUCA